GGUCAUUAUUGAUGAUGAUCAAACUGCCUGGCAGUUUGUGAGUGAGCCUCUGUCACACUUCAUGCUGAGUUUAGAAGUGACAACUUUCAGACAGGAUCAUUACUGGAACAUCAUUCUGCAGACCAGAGCGUUUAUUUGUUGUCUUUCUGUGUACCAUCAUGAUAAAGCCAUCAUCUGGACCAGGAGGUGUGUGCCGGUUGCUGGCCUCUUUGCUUUUUGGCCUAGAGUCUCAUAUGGACAACUCAGAGGAGAGCACUUUUCUACAGGACAUGCUCAUGGGCAAUACUCUGCAUCUGCUUAUUAAGGUCUAUGACAGGCUGCAGAAGUACAGAGCCCAGCGGCCUGCUCCACUGUUGGAAAGCACACAGGGCCUGGCUCAGGAUUUGGCAAAAGAGCUGCUCUGUGUAGUCGCCAGCCCAGAGACAACAGAGUUGUUAUACCUGCUCUCUAAACCUCAUGUACAGGCUCUUCUCUCAGUGCAUGACAUGGUGUCUCAGAAAGAGUUUGACCCUAAAUUGCCACCUCUGCCCCCACUGCCCGAACACAUAGAGAAAGAGGAAGAUUCAAUCAAGAUUGUUUGCUUGGUUAAAAACCAGGAGCCACUGGGAGCCACCAUCAAGAGAGAUGAGUCAACUGGAGCUAUAGUGGUGGCUCGGGUCAUGAGAGGAGGAGCUGCUGAUCGAAGUGGUCUAAUUCAUGAAGGUGACAAGCUCAAGGAAGUCAAUGGUGUUCCAAUGGAGGACAGGAAACCAGAGGAGAUCAUUCCCAUACUAGCCAAGUCAGAAGGAGCAGUGACCUUCAAAGUCAUCCCAGGCACGAAAGAAGAGCCAGAGAACGUAGAUAACAAGAUCUUUGUAAGGGCACUUUUUCACUAUGAUCCCCAAGCAGAUCCUGCUAUUCCAUGCAAAGACGCCGGGUUGGAAUUCUGGAGAGGAGAUGUGUUACAGAUUGUAAGCCAAGAAGAUGACACCUGGUGGCAGGCCAGGCAGCAUGGUGACGCCAACCUCAGGGCUGGAUUGAUUCCCUCAAGACAGCUUCAGGAAAGGAGAGUGACUUUACAAAGGCCUGCAGUUCUGUUCCACCCACUGAGAGAGGCCAUGAUAUAUGUUGCUGGUUUGAGGAAAAGUUUCCGGUUGAGCCGGAUGGACGGCACACGUCAACAGGUGAGACAAAAGACGGAUGAAGGACAUGCCGGAAUCCAUUUACCAAUAUAUCAGGAGGUCCUGCCUUACAAAAGAAAGCCUGACGAGCCUUACCGCCUUGUGCUCCUAACUGGGCCUAGUGGGGUUGGUGUGACCGAGUUAAAGAGAAGACUUCUACUCUCUGACCCAGAACACUUCAGUGUAUCUGUGCCAUAUACCACUCGGGAGCGGAAAAAGCAUGAGAGAGAAGGGGUGGAGUACCACUUUGUCUCCAAACACACUUUUGAAAAAGAUAUCCUCAACCACAAAUUUUUGGAGUAUGGUGAAUAUAAAGGGAACUACUACGGUAUGAGUCUGGAUUCAGUGCGCAGGGUUGUAGCGGAGAGCAAGGUGUGCCUGCUGGAUGUGAAGCCACAUGUGAGUAAAAGCUUAUACACCCCGGAGUUUAAACCCUAUGUUAUAUUUGUGAAGCCUCCGUCAAUAGAGAGCUUGAGACUGAGCCGAAGAAAAGCAAAAGUUUUGUCGAAUCAGAAUGAGCAAACACCUACAAAAAUAUUUACGGAGGACGACUUUCGGAAUAUGAUUACCAGUGCCCACGUCAUGGAGAAUAAAUAUGGCUACUUGUUUGAGAAAGUAAUCAUCAAUGAUGACCUGGCCGUGGCCUUCACUGAGCUGAGAGAUGAGCUCACAAAGAUAGAAACAGACACACACUGGAUCCCAAAUACAUGGACUCACGUCUGAAAAAGCAAUUCAUGUUCACUGAACCACUUAGACACGUGAUAACUUUUGACUAUGUUUUGGAGAUUUUCUGCAUAUAAAAAAGGCACACCAUAUUAUUGUAAUUAUACGCUUAUAAGUAGUGUGUGCUGGCCGGUCAUGAAUCAACUCCAUUCAUAACCGCCAAACUCAUGACACUGCACUGAAGUUGAAAUAGGUUUGUUUAUGUUGAGAAACAAGUAAUUGUAAAGAAUUUUUAUCUGCCCCUAAUUCGUACAUAAUGAUAUACAUUAGGCAGUAUUACUAGAUUAUUUCUAUACACAUAUUGCUUUGUGCACUGUUGUGGCUCACGCUUUGACAUUAAUCACUUACAGACGUGGAUUUUCCAUUGAAAAGAUGUGUUCUCAAUUUGGUUCAAGUGAGGUGGAGCAUUAGUUUCUUUUUUUUCUUUCGUAAAUUGUGAAUACAAGAUUGAACUCUGGAUUAGACCUCUGAAACACAUCCAGGUAGCUUUAUGAACCGAACAGUUCCAAUCCAAGUUUAUAUGUGUUCCUGACAUUGAACUCCAGGCUUCACAGUGAUUUAAAUGCCUUAGCGGUUUUGAAGAACAUUACUAUUUGCAGGUAUACAAGGUGAUCCAUGAGUCAACCUCUCAAAAGGAUCAAUCCAACCUUAGCUGCUUUUUUAAAGGUUUAAAUCUAGAAAAGAGCAACUCCCGUGGCAGUUCCUCCCAAAUACUGCAUUUAGAAAGAUGAGCUGACAUGGAAGUUAAGAGGAAGACGCUUGCUCAAGGUAACCUUAGUUGUUCUUGCGGACGCCAGAGGAGGAAGUGGAUCAUUUUCACCGGCCCUUAGCAUAUUAAAAUGGAAUUAAAGAGUAACGGGAGAGUUCCUGGGGUUACAUUGGAUGGUUGCCUGAUCAGUACAAGGGAUAAAACUCAUACCUGCCUGUAUACCUGUCUGUGAAGCCAGAAUGAAAGGUUUUUGAUUGAUAUUGUGACAGACUGUGAUCAAAAAUUUGAUUAAUAAUGUCAAAUAAUAAUAAUGACAAAUUUUUACACGUGGUUUGCCACUGGAAGCAUAAUCAGCUGUCAUGUGCUAGGUUACGCACAUUUCAGUUUAUUGCUCUUGCUACAUCUGCAGUCCUCAUGCGUCCCUGCGGCAGGACUAUAGCACGUUCAUGCAGGUGAGCAGAGUCCCUGGGCAUCUUUCUUCUGGUGUUUUCAGAAUUAGUACAAAGGUGUCUUUAAUGUCAUAAUGUAACUGUGACCUUAAUCGCCUGCCAUCUGUAAGCUGUUAGUGUCUAAAAGGCUGUUCCACGGGCACAUGCAAUAUUAGUUUAUGCUUCAUUGAACAAGCAUGUCAAACAUUGUUUAAACACUUUUCAAUAAAUAUCUGUAAAACUUAUGUGCAAAUUAAUAAUUAUGAUUAGGAUCAUUUUUAGUUAAAGGUGUUAAAGGAUCUGGCCCAGGUUUGACCACCUGCUAACCAUGGCUACACAUCCUACCAGCCUCAGAGGGAGCUGUUUAAAAAGAAGGCCAACACGAAGAUCUCUUCAGCACCGUUCUUCUGGCUUUGAACAGCGGUAGAGAUGGUGAAUCAUAACUUGUAUCUUGGAGUUUUCUCCAGCUCGUUGACACAAGCUUCGUUGUAAUUUCUUUGUAGGAAUCAAUUGCUUUCUCUGCAAGCGAUUCUACAGGUGCAACUAUAGGCUAUCUGUGGCAGCUCAGCUAUAUAUAUAGUGACUUGGAGAUGUUACUCACUCGCCUGGCCUGAGCAGAAUGAGAAACAAACCGGGAAGAAAAUAUUCAGCGUCAAAGAAGGUGGAGUUUCAGAUCGCGCCCACCGUUUGCAUAACAGCCCCUGACUUAUGGUAGCACAAAGGUGUUUAUGAGCUAAACAAAUUCCCCAAAAGGUUUGCUUUGUUGAGCCGAUUCGAACUGCCAAAACAAACUUUGUUUUGGCCUGAUUUUGUUGAAAUUACUUCAUUUCAGUUCAUUUUUUGAUUCGAUUUUAAGCAUAUCGGGGGCCUUGAGACAUGAGACUGAGCACUAACGCAACCUUUCAUUUCUCCCUCAGACAGCAGCAAAAGACCGAUCAGCCCCACAGGAAGAAGGAAGAGAGCACCCACGGCACCAGAGCACCUAUAUCCAUCUGUCCCUUUGCACAUUCCUUGUAAAUAAAU